AAUGUCUUUCCUUAACUGUCAAGUGUUAACUGUCAAUUCCUAUAACCUGUGUUUUGCACGAUUUUACGUAAAUCCGAGUAUAUUUCAUACUAAAAAGGCAAUAAUAUCUGAAAUAAAAUGAAACUGUCGAGAGUUUUAUACGCUCAACAUAUUGGUUUUAUGUUUAAAAAGCACUGGGUAGUACAAGGCAAACGUGUACCUAUAGAUACUGGUGUCGAACAGUAUCUAAAAGAAAAAGGCAUAAAAGUUGAGGAUGCGCUAGAAUUUGUGAAAGAAAAACCGGUUCAGCAUGAAAGGCUUGAAAUUGUAGGGCCUUAUGAAAGACCCUUACCAUUAGACGAAAAUCACCCAGAUUACAAGGAAAGGCCUUGUUACACCCUUAAAAAUACAAAUGUUCUCCUGGAGGGUGUGUCCCAAGCACAAGUUUUAACUAAAACUCUCAUAGCUGAAAAUAAACUGCCACCGAGAAUAGAAGAGUUGGCCCAACUACCAGCACCAAAAGCUGUUCACGAAGGAGUUAAAAAAGCAAUCUUAAGUGCAAAUGUGUUUGAUUGUGAACAGAAGAAAUUACCAAAAAUCAAAGAUCCAAAGAGACCAGCAUUUAACUUUCCUAGGAUUUUAGGGAUAACUGACAGCCGUAGAAAUGUAAUCUUAACAAACAGAUUGAUACAACUAGUUGAAAAGAGCAGUGAUGUUGAUGUAACUCAGAAUAAGUAUGUGUUAAACGAUGUGGAAUAUAGCACACUAUUUGACAAAGAAGAUGAACUCAUUCAGUUUCAGGAUAUAUCCAAUAUUCUAGUCACAAGUAAUAAGCCCUUGAAACAUGAAAUGGAAGAUUCUGAUACAGAUUUCAUUGAAAUACCAGAUUUAUAUCCUGUAAAGCAUACAGUGACUUUACCACCAGAACAUUUCUAUAAUGAAUCUAGUAAAUACCCAAUUCGAUCAACUGUGUCCAUGAAAUAUCCUCACACCACUUGGUUGCACUAUAAUCCUACACAGGUGAAAAACAUCUAUGAAGAGCCAGUAACUGCUCACCAAGUGCUAGGCCGUUCAUUGACUCAUGCAUUUACUGUUGCAUCAACAUUUGCAAAACAAUUGUAUGGGGAAGAUGUGAAGGAUUUACCUGAACCUAUACAUGUAAAUUGUAUACAAACAGAUGGCCAAAAUUACCAUUUUGGCGUAUUUGAAUUGAAUACAUUAAAUGUUGAUGGCGCAGAGGGCACUAAGAACAAAUGGUAUUGUAAGAAUGAUAUGAAGUUGUACGACUCAAGCUGUUAUUUCAGUGGAAUGCCAUCAUUAGAAAACUACAACCCUAAAGUAUAUGGUUAUAUAAAUGCCUUUUAUAAUUGUUAAGUUAAUUUAAUUACUGUAUUGAAAUAGUGUAAUAAAUAAAUAUAGUUUACAUAAAGUUUUUAUUUCCUUGACUAGCUAGUAUUUAAGAUGUCUGAAGAAAAAGUAUGAUUUAAAUGUAUUCAUGUGUAUAUCUCAUUAUAUUUACAAGAACAUAAAUACAUUUAUUUUCGAUUAGCAUACACAAGUUUACACAUAC